UCCGUGUCGCUUUCUCCUUCUUCCCAGCAUUCCUUUUUCCUCAUUCUCAAGACUCACUGAGUUUUGCGCCACCCGGCACUUCGCGCCCAGGUCUUUGGUGACGUCAUGUUCCUGCGCCGCGUGGACGCCCGCCGGUGAAAGGAGGAAUAGCUCAACCGCCCUUCGCCUCCUUUUGUUGGGCUGCCGCUCCUUCCGAAUCAUGGCGCCAUCGCUGUGGAAAGGACUUGUAGGCGUCGGCCUCUUUGCCCUAGCUCAUGCUGCCUUUUCAGCUGCUCAGCAUCGUUCUUAUAUGCGACUAACAGAAAAGGAAGAUGAAUCACUACCAAUAGAUAUAGUUCUUCAGACACUUCUGGCCUUUGCAGUUACCUGUUAUGGCAUAGUUCAUAUCGCAGGGGAGUUCAAAGACAUGGAUGCCACUUCAGAAUUAAAGAAUAAGACAUUUGAUACCUUAAGGAAUCACCCAUCUUUUUAUGUGUUUAAUCAUCGUGGCCGAGUACUGUUCCGGCCUUCGGAUGCAACAAAUUCUUCAAACCUCGAUGCAUUGUCCUCUAACACAUCAUUGAAGUUACGAAAGUUUGACUCACUGCGCCGUUAAGCUUUUUACAAAUUAAAGAACAGGACAGACACAGAAUUGAGUAUUGGAGUUUGGGGUGUCAAACACUCCCCCCAACAUCAGUAUUUAUAUUGCUAUUUCAGAGCUAAUUACAAUACUCUAUGGCCCUUGUUUGUACAUUGUUAAAAUCAAAUGGUGUAUAAGUUAUCUGUGAAAUGAGUCUUUGAAGUUUCGUAU